AUGGCACACGGCAACAGCGUUAGCAGCGCCCUCGAAGCCGUGAGCAUCUGUCCACGGCAGCAAUAUCGGCGGCCUGUCAAGGAGCUAAGCUUUGAGGUCGCCAGCCACGUCCGGGCAUAUCUAGACCACCAAAGCUAUGAGCAGGCCUACAUAUUUCUGCACUCGCUCGUCGCUGCCGGCACCUCCAUUACAGUCCCCGCGAGGCCGUACGCGGGUUUGCUAGCUCCACCGUCGCAAUUAGCUCUCGCUUCCACGCUCAUCGUCUAUCCUCACAUCACUACCAGAGCGCGCUCCGCCGAAGCCAUCAAGGGGUCUGAUGCUGCCCUCAAAUAUCUACGCUGUGUGCAAGACACGGUUGAUCUGUCCGCUGAGAGUCUCAAGACGCUUCGAACCGCCUUCACCUUCACCGAUUCACGACGACGAACCAAUAUUUACAGCCCACUCAACACCCCCUCCUCCAACCGAGCCUUCGAUGUCGAGCAGCUCAACGAUGUUGCAGCCAAUGCUAAGAGCCUUUGGAGGUGCGCAGAGGACUUUUGGCACGUCGUCGGCUGGGCAUUCAAUUGCUCCGUCAAACACAGGAAGCGCUGGGAGCGCUGGAGACUUUGGCUAGACACCAUGCUGAGCUUCCUAGAGGUCGAAUGGGAUCACUGCAAUAAGAACGGUGGUCCGUUGCAAGAUACCCUCGCAUGGCAGUACAUUUGCAGCCAAGAGCCUCUUGCCGGAAACACAAGGAAGCGUAUCCUUCGCGCAACAUUUGCUACUGGCGAUCCACCGUCACUCAACGAAUUUGCCGAAGUGUGGGUUAAAGAAACCUUGGAUCCAAAGACAACGGACACGAAGAGACACUCGGGCGUCGUUGAUUUCGAGAUAGGUGACAUUGGUGACUACGCGAGUGAGGACGAAGAUGUUGACAUGGAAAACGCGCUGCGGUCGACUGUAAAAGGACGCAAAGCAAGGAAUGCCUCGAAGAUUCUAGAUGCUGCCUUACCCCCAUUAGAGGAGGCCACCAUACCCGCCUACGAUGCUGCUGUUGACAGACUAGGAGGAAUGGAUGCCGUAAACCUUCGUCAGCGUCUAGUGUUAUUGCUUUCCAAGGUUGCCAGAGAACUCCCCAAGAACUUCACUUCCGUCGAGGGUCUCUUUGAUACGCUUGCCUUACAACUGAGAUAUUUUCCGGUGUUCGUGUUGAACUUGCUAAUCACGACGUCACGACUCUCCCCGGCUGACCAAGUAGCGCUCAACGUGACCAUCUUCUCCGCCCUAACAUCCGAGAAAUACAUCAAUUACACGAAUAGAAUGCCUACACAGAACGAGUUUGAGCAGCUUCUGCUUCCGUAUCGUGCACGGACACAAAGCUUUGCCGAGAACGCCAAAGUGUCGCUCGUUCUCGAGCAAAUAUUCAUGUCUAUGAUGGAACCAUUGCGUCUUGAACCUACGAAGGCGUUGCGCAAAUCAGUGGAGGUUGGCAUCAAAGAACGGAGCAAUGUCAAAGGCAGGAAAGAAAACGUCGAGGAAGACGCGGGCGAGGAAGUGCUGAUGACGAGCUCCAAGCGGCUACACGGUCUGGUACAGGUGCUCAGUGUGUUAAAAGGCGCAAUCCCGAUUAGAGAAAGCCCGCGGAAGAAAAGUACGUCUAUCGUUAUACACUCCAGAAACAUCCAAAUUUCGGCCGGCAAAUAG